AGCUGACAGCCAGCCGAGCGGGCCCCGCAGCCACCCAGCUCAAACUCUCCGGAAGCCAGCGCCGAGCUCAGGCCGCCGCCGCCGCAGCCCGGGCCGGACCCACUGUGUGAAGAGCGGAGGAGGCGCUGGCCCUACUCUGCGCCCGAACUUGGAGCACUUGACCUUUGGCAGUCAGAGGAGGCCAGGCCCGCCAGGUGGUUGGCUGGACAGCUGCGGCGACGUUCGCUGGCGAGGGGCAUCUCGCCUGGGAACCGUCGGCUGGCACCCCCGGGCACCUUACCCCCCCCCCCACACCUCACCGCCCUCUCCGCGGCUUUGCUUGCUUCUGGGAUCCCCAAGGUGUCUACAUCAAGCGCAUGUUGACCGAGACCCAGAGUCAUGGAUGUGUGCGCCCGUCUUGCCCUGUGGCUUCUCUGGGGGCUUCUCUGGCAUCAGGGCCAGAGCCUCAGCCACGGUCCGAACGAGAAGGCGACCGCGGGAGCCGGCUCCGGGGCGACUUCCGAGGAGUCUACUGCAGCAGAGUUUUGCCGUAUCGACAAGCCGCUGUGCGACAGUGAGGAUGAGAAGCUCAGCUUCGAGGCCGUCCGCAACAUCCACAAGCUGAUGGACGAUGAUGCCAAUGGUGAUGUGGACGUAGAAGAAAGCGAUGAGUUCCUGAGAGAAGACCUCAAUUACCACGACCCGACAGUGAAGCAUAGCACCUUCCACGGGGAGGACAAGCUCAUCAGCGUCGAGGACCUAUGGAAGGCGUGGAAGGCCUCGGAAGUGUACAACUGGACCGUGGAUGAGGUGGUGCAGUGGCUGAUUACAUAUGUGGAGCUGCCUCAGUAUGAGGAAACCUUCCGGAAGUUACAGCUCAGUGGUCAUGCCAUGCCAAGGCUAGCUGUAACCAACACCACCAUGACAGGAACCGUGCUGAAGAUGACAGACCGGAGCCAUCGGCAGAAGCUGCAGCUGAAGGCCCUGGACACCGUGCUCUUCGGGCCUCCUCUCUUGACCCGCCAUAAUCACCUCAAGGACUUCAUGUUGGUGGUAUCUAUCGUCAUUGGUGUGGGCGGCUGCUGGUUCGCCUAUAUCCAGAACCGUUACUCCAAGGAGCACAUGAAGAAGAUGAUGAAGGAUUUGGAAGGGUUGCACAGAGCAGAGCAGAGUCUACACGACCUUCAGGAAAGGCUGCAUAAGGCCCAGGAAGAGCACCGCACGGUGGAGGUGGAGAAGGUGCACCUGGAGAAGAAGUUGCGUGAUGAGAUCAACCUUGCCAAGCAGGAAGCUCAGCGGCUGAAGGAGCUGCGGGAGGGUACUGAGAACGAGCGCAGCCGCCAAAAAUAUGCCGAGGAAGAGCUGGAGCAGGUUCGGGAGGCCUUGAGGAAGGCAGAGAAGGAGCUAGAAUCACACAGCUCAUGGUAUGCUCCAGAGGCCCUUCAGAAGUGGCUGCAGCUGACACACGAGGUGGAGGUGCAGUACUACAACGUCAAGAAGCAAAAUGCUGAGAAGCAGCUGCUGGUGGCCAAAGAGGGGGCUGAAAAGAUAAAAAAGAAGAGAAACACACUUUUUGGCACGUUCCAUGUGGCCCAUAGCUCUUCCUUGGAUGAUGUGGAUCAUAAAAUUCUAACUGCUAAGCAAGCUCUGAGUGAGGUGACAGCAGCACUGAGGGAGCGCCUGCACCGCUGGCAGCAGAUCGAAAUCCUCUGUGGCUUCCAGAUUGUGAAUAACCCUGGCAUCCACUCCCUGGUGACUGCCCUCAACAUAGACCCCAGCUGGAUGGGCACUACGCGCCCCAACCCCGCCCACUUCAUCAUGACUGACGACGUGGAUGACAUGGAUGAGGAGAUUGUAUCCCCCAUGUCCAUGCAGUAUGCUGCCUGGCUGAUGGGGCGUAGGUUCAGUGACCGCUCUCUCUGCUCCACAUCCGCCGGCUCGGAUGAUCAGUCCCUCUGGAAAUACCCGGCCCCCAGCCUGCAGAGCAGUGUCCGGCAGCGCCUGACGGAGCCACAGCAUGGCCUGGGAUCUCAGAGGGAUUUGACCCAUUCCGAUUCGGAGUCCUCCCUCCAUAUGAGUGACCGCCAGCGUGUGAUCACCAAGCCUCCUCCACUGGGCCGUGCUGCAGAUGAGGCUCUCAAUGCCGUGCCUUCCGAUGGCAGCCACCGGCUGAUUGAGGGGGUCCAUCCAGGAUCUCUGAUGGAGAAACUGCCUGACAGCCCUGCCCUGACCAAGAAGGCAUUACUGGCGCUGAACCAUGGGCUCGACAAAGCCCACAGCCUGAUGGAGCUGAACCCCUCAGGCCCACUUAGUGGCUCCCCACCGUUGGAUUCUUCCCGUUCUCAUAGCCCCAGUUCCCCAGAUCCAGACACACCAUCUCCAGCAGGGGAUAGCCGAGCCCUGCAGGGCAGCCGAAACACACGCAUUCCCCACUUGGCUGGCAAGAAGGCUGUGGCUGAGGAUGAUAAUGGUUCUAUUGGUGAGGAGACAGACUCCAGCCCAGGCAGGAAGAAGUUUCCCCUCAAAAUCUUUAAGAAACCUCUUAAGAAGUAGGCAGGAUGGGGGUGGCAGUAUUGAGAAAGCUUGUCCUUCCUGGGUCUUCUGCCUUCUCUUUCCUCCCUUCCUUCAAGAUAGCUGGCCCAAGGGCCUGGGCACUGUACAUACCUGCCUCCCGCAUCCUUGGUCCUUCAUUAUUAUUUAUUAACUGACCACCAUGGCCUGCCUGCCCUGCAACCCCCCGCCCCCAUGGGCUGCUGCUGUCACAUCCUUUCCACUUCAGUGCAUGUCUUAGUUGCUUUUCCCUCAGUUCCCAGCUCCACUUUGGAGUCUAGCUUCUGUCUCUGCUGUCCCAGUUUUGAGGUUUGGUUUUUGUUUCUGUCUCUUGUUUUCAGACUCCUCCCUCCCACCAACCCCCAACUUCCUUAGCAGUUGUGGGGAAGAUUGGAGGAUUAACUUCUGAUACCUAUACCUCAGAUCUACUCAUCCGACCCACGAUGGUUCGGUUUGCUUCCAGCUGGGCCAAGGGGUUUGCUCUUUUGGGAGUAUGGUGGGCUGGAGAGAACCUCAUCUGACAGCUCGUUUGGGCCUUGAGGGGUCCAUGGCUGAGUGAAAACAAUUCCCAGGGAACAAGCUACCAGAGUUUUGAAGAUAGGGCCAGUCUUGUGAUGGAUCAGGAAAGACUCUCAUAAUUGGAGGAUGAGUGGAAGCCAAAGCCUGUAAGGCUUUAGGGCCGUUACCGUUUCUCUCUAGUCCUGCCCACAUCUGCCCUCCUCUGUCCCUGCUCCCCUCUGGAAGUGCGGCCCGAGCUCCCCAAGCCUCGCUGUUGCUGGGGCUCAGAGAAAGUAUCUCCCCUGGCUAUGGAAGCCACAGUCAGGACACAGGGCUCUUGUGGAGCUCUGGAAUGGUUGGGUAAGGAUGUUGUAUUUGAACCAAAAGACAGUUUAAAAAUGAAAAAAGAAAUCUCCUGAAAUUCCCAAGUGCCUGCACAGCAUCUUCCCUUUGUCAGACCCCAUUUUCAUGUUAGCGCACAGCCUGGGCCAGAGGCUCAAAACAGACACACUGGUUUGGGGAAGGGGUAAUAAAGGAAGAUGGUGUAUGUGAGGGCUGCUGCGUGACCUCUUCCUCCUCACCCCGUCCAUCUUCUACACAACUGUCACCCUUACCUGUUUUUGCUAUGGCUGUAAAGGCAUUUUUCCUCUGCCCCAAUCUGCCAUGCCUUUACCCUGAGAUCCUAAUUUGGGCCUGGGUUGGGUGCAUCUGGGGCUGGUCUUAGGAGGGUUCUGGGCUGUUGACUGCCUUGCACCCCCUGAACACCCUCACAUGGGUUUUUCUGUGUUAUUUCAUAAGACUCUUUGAAGUCCAAUAAAGCAUGUAGGAGAUUUUCA